AUGGCCACUAUGCAAAAGUUACAGGACAGGAGAAGAUAUGUUAACAGAGCAAGCCAAAAUACAGCAAAACAUCACAAUCAGAAACUAGAAGAAAUCAGAGAGUCAUCGAGCAGAGACACACGAGCAGCUGCAGCACCUGAGGUUCAGAAAGACUCUGAAAAUGCCAGAAUGGAGAAUGAAAACUCUGACGACAUGGGCUUUCCUGUGCUUCCUUCACUCCCAGUGGAGGAUGUUUCUUACAGAAUUCAUGGUUUUGCACAGCCAUUACCGUUGCAGUGGACCACAGAUACAACAUUACCCAUAGAGGAUAAGCUGGGCUCUCUACAUAAUUCCAUGCCUCCUGUCCCAGAAUCAUCAAAGCAGAGUGCAUCCUCCUCAUCUUCAAGUGUUAAAGAGAGAGAUUUGAGUCAUGUGCAAAAGAACCUUUCACCUUCUGUUAGAUUCAUGCCGAGGACUACACAUUUAGAAAGUAGAAAAAGAAAGUUGGAGGAACAAGUGUUCUUUUUGAAUGAAGCAUCUGAAACUGAGACUCUGAUUGGUCCAAAAUUACCAGAGCUGCCCAAGGUGGAUAUGGAGGAUCAGUCAUUAAAUGUAACCGCCAGUUUGAUCCGUCAAACAAUGAGUAAGGUUGCAUCUGUUCCACAGGUCAAACCUGUACUAGUGAAGACCCCUACUGCAAAGCCACGCAGAAGAAUUUAAUAAGACAAUCAUGGUCUCACAUUGAACAAUAUUUUAGAUAUUUAUUUCAGUUUCACCCACAAAUAUUGUUUAACUAUCUUUUUUUUCCCCAUAAAGAAAUUAAGUGAUUCUUUUCAAUGUCCAUGUAGCUCCUGGAAUGCAUGUUGCUCAAAUGCCAGUGUGCUCUGCCAAACAAAUGAAAGAACAAUUUGAGAGCUUGUCCUUUUAAAAUUACAAUAAAUUGUUAUAUAGUUGC